CUCUACAGCAAAUGGGCUCCUCGGAGGAAGAUGUCAUUUCCGGUGAAGAGUUGCGAUUAUUUCCGGGUUUUACAGCAACAUGGCGGCGCCCUUAGGUCUGCACCUGGAGUUUGGAGGAGGAGCUGAACUUCUAUUUGAUGGGGUCAAGAAUCAUCAUGUGACACUCCCUGGCCAAUCAGAUCCUUGGGACAUGAAGCAGCUGCUUGCGUGGAUUCGAGGGAACAUGCUGAAGGAGCGCCCAGAGCUCUUUAUGCAGGGCAACACUGUUAGACCCGGGAUUCUUGUAUUGAUCAACGACGCAGACUGGGAACUGAUGGGUGAACUGGAGUACCAGCUUCAGGACCGGGAUAAUGUUGUCUUUAUCUCCACACUUCAUGGAGGUUAAAUCAGCGCCACGCCCGUACAGAAGCCCCUCCACCCCUCCAAAGGUCAAAAAUCAGAUGUUCCAUCAAAAACGGCAUCGCUGGCCGAUUUCAAUCCCAGCCGUGGGCUUCUCGACCAAUCCCGUAAAAAGACGUAUUUUGAUUUUAACUCUAAUAAAGCGUAACGUCAUCGGGAAUCGGGCUGCGGAGGGCCGGAUCACUGUCCCCCUGUACCUUACAAGAGCGUGGUGGGGUUACGAUGGGGAGCAAGGGCUCAUUAAGGAAGGUCACUCUGUCUAGCCAGUGUCCAGAUGGAUCCUCCUGAGACACGCUGGACCGGUUGCCCCGUGUCAAACGGUUCCGUUAUGUUUUUCAUUCAAUUUCUGCUCAAUGCCUAUCAAUUGUAUGUCUACUAUGCAAGUCUGUAUUUUUUUUAUUUUUGAUCUGAAUAAAUAAACCCUGUGUUGCAA